UCAUAUAUAAUCUUCUGCAUCAAAUGCUAUAAUAGCAUGCCAUUGUUUAUCAAAUGGGUGGAGGUUACUCUGUAAUAAUAUCGCCAGAGCAACAACCUAUUAUGCUCACAACUUUUUUUUUUCUUCACCACCCAAGUUUUUUUUUCUAUGUUCAGUCUGACUGGGUGUGUCUCUGCUCUGUAACAUGAGAGCCACAUGACCAAUAGGAAGACAAACAGACUUGAAGUUAGUGUAUUUCUUCCGCAAACUCUUUAAGUGUUUUGCUGUGUGGUAAGAGGAGCAAGAGAGCAGGCCACAGUCCAACAACACUGGAAUAAAACUAAUCAGUCUGAGCAACAUCAGCAAAGAUGGCAAACCAGCUACAGAAGCUUGUAGCAGAGAAGAAGGAUAUGGUGGAGACUGUGAUGGAAGUGUUUGAACAGGGAGCUGAGGUAGUGGCCAGUAUCGCUGGUGACCUCUUCCCUGUUUUCUCCAUCGCUGCUCCGGUUGUUAAACUGGCUCUGGACAAUGUGGAGAGCAAAGAGGCUGCAUUCAUGAAGGAGCAGUUUCAGAAGGUACGAGACCGCCUGGAGGUUAUGUCCGAGGAGAUUCAGCGAAUCAAUGAAGAGAUCAAAAAGAGCGGGAUGGAUACUGCAUAUUUCCCAGUGGAGGAGAACAUCACUAACCAGUUCAGGAAGUACAUGGACAUACUUAACGCCAAACCCAAGUUUAGGGAGGUCAAAAAGAAGCUUUUCCUGGAGCAUUUUGCCAAUACCGGUGGUGACAAAAACAUUAACACCCUCUACAACGUUGUGAUGGGAGAAAGCUUCUCUGGGGAAUCUGUGCUGGAGAUCACCCUGAACUAUGAGGAGAAAAGUCGCCGGCCGAUGGAAGACUUCUGCGCCAGGCUCAAGAAGCUUUUCUGCAUCGGACUCAUCGCACUGUUGGGCCACGCUGCUCUGAAGGGAUAUGAUGAGGAAGAUGCGCUUCUGAAAGAGUGGGGUGAGAAGAUGAAUGCCGUCCAGGCUAAAAUGAACGCUGUGAUUGAAGACUGCAUUGUCAGCUUCCCCAAACAGGCCGAGCUGGAUUCCCGCCGACUGGUGAGAGAUCAGUCAGACUUAACCAACCAACAGUUAGCUGAUGCUAUCAUUGAGAAGCUGAAGAAGAAGUACGACUGGGUGGGCUGGUCUGUGCGCAUAUUUAGGUCCCCCUCAGGCCUCUUUGCCAGCAAAAAGGAGUUCCACUGCUCGACAGGGAAGAGUCGCUUCCAGGUCCCAGCAUCUGAUGAGAAACUUAACGUCUGGGUGUCCUACAGCUCCUCGGCUGAGCCUGUGGAUAAGAAUCACAUCCAGCAGCUGAUCCAGAGUCAGAAGAAACUCACAGUAGUGGGUGUAGCAGAGCUCCUGUUUGAGAAGUUACCUGGCGACUGUGUGGUCCACACGGUCAAAACCAGCAAAGACCUGGCCUGCACCUGGAGCUUCAGCGACGAGCUCCACUACUGGGAGGAGCACAAAAACUUCUACGUCUGUGUUCACUCUGCUUGAUGCUCAAAAAAACUCUCAAAAGUCACUCUGUUUAUUUGUGGGUUACUUCAUGUUUGCACGAAUAAUCACAGAGUCUAUUGCUGCCUCUCUGCUUGGCCUUAGCAGUGAAAUAUUCCACAGUAUGUGCCUUAAUUCCAUCUCUCUGUUGUAAGUGAAUCUUUCUUUUUUCUAAGAAUGUUUACUUAGUUUCUUGCAGACAUGAGGUGAAACCACAGUAAUGACCUUUCUGAUCUCACACAGCUGUGCUUUGCUCACUUCUUAAAACAGACAGAAGUGCUCACCCCUUGGUUUAGUCUAUAUUAUAUUCUAGUGUCUCUUUUUGUUAUGGAAGUAGUGAAUUUUGAAAGUUAACAACAUCCAAACUGACUGUUUCUGGGAAAUUCUGUCAUAAGCUCUACAUCUGUAUCUUUUCUACUGUAGUCAAAAAGUUCAGGAGGAUGUGGUUGUUUUGUUACAGCGGGACGUGCUGGAAAAUAUGUUGAUUUAGAGAAUCAAGCUGCCAUACAGAGAUUAUGUUUUGCUGGUAGUGAUAAGCAGUGACCUCGCCCUGAUGAGGACGUAUGCACCAAAUCCAUGAGAGAAAAUGGCUCCAGACAUUUAUAGAGAAUAUAUCAGAAGCCUUAAACUCUUCUUUUUGGUUUCCCCCUUUUGUAUUAAUCUGACAGAAAUAAUAAACCUUGUUACUGGCUGCUAUACAGCACAAACAAAACACAAAAAAGCAGAAGAGACAAAACCUCAAACGACAUUUGCUGUACAGGCCUGGUACCCAUGAAACUUUAUUUACACACCCUGCCAUGAACAUGCCGGGGCGUAGUGAUAGCAACACUUUGUUUACAUACAGAUGCCUUGCAUAGUUCCUCUUGUGUUAUAUCUUUACCUGAUUAUGCAACACAAAGUGGGAACAUGUACCUGCUUAAAACUCCCAACUUCAUUCACUUUGUACUUUUAUAUAGGAAUAAACUGUUUGUUGGAUUUCAGACAAUGUAAAUUUUGGUUUUGGGAUUUGAGGUAUUUUCAUCUAAAGUUGUAUAAUCUUACCAUGACGUUGACACUAUAUUGCAAGAACAAAAAUAUGUCAUAGAGACACUGCAGAAUAUUCUUUAUACCGUGUACACCACUAACCUCUUCUUGUACACCACUGUAAUCUGUGUGCUUCUUCAUUGUUGUCAGUAUAAGUGUAAUGCACUUCUUUGAACAUUUUAUUUUCUGAAAGCAUGCCCUAUAUUUGCUGUAAAAGAAAUGUCGAUGUUGCACCUUUGUUUUUAUUAUUUCUACUUCCAGUGUGUUUGGGUUGUCAGUGUCUCAGAUUCAAAAUCUCAUGGGUAGACCAAAGCAAUGAAUGUAUUAAAUCUUCCAAAUAAACUCAAUUAAACUUGA